AUGACAUAAAUCCAAUAAGAAAAGGAAAUUACUCAAUAAAAUAGCAUUUCUAAUAUUCAUUUUAAAUAUAACCUAGUAAAUUCAAUUAAAUAACAACAAAAAUGCCAUUCAAUUAUUUUUAAUUAAAUUUCAAGCAUGUUAAUUGUUACAUGUAAUGAAAAUUUAAAAAUAUUUCAAUUUAAAUAAGGGAAUAUCAAAUAAAUAUCAUUUAUAAAUGGAAAUCUCUAUAAUAAUAAUUGUCUAUUAUUUAUUAAUCUUUAGAAUUAAUUUAUAUCAUCUAAUUCAAAUGGCUAAAUAAGAUUCUGGUCAUUAAACUUAUUGAAAAACAAUAAAAGCUUAUAAUGUAUUAAUAAUGAUUAAAAAAUAAACUGUAUGUUAAAAAAUAGAGAAGAGAAUUUAUUAGUAACAGGACAGGCUUAUCAAAUAACUUUUUGGGUAAGGAAUAACUAAUGGAAAUUUUUAAAAUCCUUUGAAGUUGAUGAAGAAGUACAUGGUUUAACUCUGAAUGAAUCUUCGAACAUGAUUUUAGCAUGUGGAAGAUUUAAUUAUAUAUUAGUUAUUAAGAAAAUUAUAAAUGAUUGGAUAUUGACAAAAUCAUUUCAUAUAUUAGAAGGAGGAGUUAGAAUACUUUUUUAUUAAGAAAACAAAUUUGCAUUUUAACCUUGGUGUGGAAACUUUCUCUAAAUUUAUACAAUAGAUGCUAAAAAUGAAAUUUCUCUUAUUUAAGAAGUGAAAAUUAAGAAUUAAUAGAUGAAAACUUGUGCAUUCUAUUCGCCUUUAUAAUUUAUUCAAAAUAAAUCAAUUAUACUAAAUAAAAAUUAAAAUUGUUUAAUAUUAAUUAUUUUAAAGGAGAAUGGAGAAUUAAUUAAUUAGCAAACAAUUUAAUUUCAUUUUCCUUAUGUUUAUGGGUAAUUAUCAAAUGAUGGAAAUUAUCUAGUAAGUUGGGAGAGACAUAUAAAAAAAAUUUAAAUUUGGUAAUACACAUAAUUUUGA